AUGGCAGCAGCCGACGUCCUCCCAAGUCCGCCAGUCGCCGCUGUCUCUUGUUCUCAGCCUGUUCCUGCGCCGUCUGCUGCAGAGGCUCUUACACCUCUCAUACAGUCAACUUAUAGGACUUCCGAACUACGUUUCUUUGUGAAUGGACGUCGCGUCUGCGUCCCUAACCCUGACCCAGAAUGGGUUCUUCUCGACUGGAUCCGUGCUCAGGACAACUUGAAAGGGACCAAACUGGGAUGCGGAGAGGGAGGAUGCGGUGCCUGCACUGUUGUUCUGCAGACCAGGGAAAAGGGGAGACGAUUGAGGCACAUCGCCGUGAACGCUUGCCUCUUUCCCCUGAUUGGGGUCGAUGGGAAGAGCCUGAUUACAAUCGAGGGUCUGGGCACAGUUUCUCAUCCACAUCCCUUACAGGAAAGGGUAGCGAAGAUGCAUGGCUCGCAAUGUGGGUUCUGUUCCCCCGGAAUCAUCCUAAGUAUCUAUGGGUUAGUGAGGAAUGCAUAUCGAGAUGGAAAAUUUCGUCUUUCGGCCUCUGAUAUCGAGAUGCAAGGCCACUUAGAUGGUAACCUUUGUCGAUGCACUGGCUACAAGCCGAUUCUAGAGGCGGCAAAGACGUUCAUCGUAGAAGAUCUAAAGGGCAACUUAGUAGAGGAACCCGCUUCCUAUCCUAUAAUGGUCGACGAUGUCGCUGAUAAGCUUCUACAAAUUGCACCGAAGGGGAGUGGAUGCCGCGCCUCUUCUACCGGCUCCUGUGGACGUCUAGGCGGGUGCUGUCGCGACUCGCCGACAUCAUCUAGCAGCAGCGCCAGCGAAACAUCCCCUUCUUCUCAACAAUCUUCCGCCACUCGGGCCACCUCUGCAAGUUCGAGUGGAAAAGAGACAUUGCCUAGAGAUUUCGCACCUUACGACCCUACAGCGGAACUCAUAUUCCCCCCUGCUCUCUGGGGAUAUCAGCAGCAUCCCAUAUGCUACGGAGAUGAAAGGAAGAUUUGGUUCAAGCCCACAAGUCUUGAACAACUAAUCCAACUUAAAGAUGCUUGGCCGUUCGCACAAAUCAUUGGUGGUGCCAGUGAAACGCAAAUUGAGGUUCGCUUCAAGAAGUCCGACAAGUAUCGAGUAUGCAUCUACGCGUCAGAUAUCGAUGAACUUAGCUGUUUUGAUGAGCCCCAGGGCGAUGAGGAAUAUCUAGCCUUGUCGAAAGUGUCAAUUCCAGGGAAUAUGUCGUUAAGCAAGGUAGAGGAAAUAUGUGUCACUCUUCUAUCAAGACUUGGCUCAAGGGCAAGUGCGCUUGAGGCACUUGCAAAACAACUUAGAUAUUUUGCAGGCCGUCAGAUUCGAAAUGUGGCGAGCCUAGCUGGAAAUCUAGCAACAGCUAGCCCUAUCUCAGAUGCUGCCCCAGCCUUAGUAGCAGCAGGAUCUACAGUGACCAUUAGAACCAAGAAAGAAGGUUCUUAUGACUUACCACUGUCAGACUUCUUCGUAAAGUAUCGAACAACCCGACUUCCUGCUAACGGCGUGAUUACACACAUUAACAUACCAUUAUCACCCCGAGAGACUUUAGAAGUGACAAAAGCUUACAAGCAGGCCAAGAGAAAGGAUGACGACAUCGCCAUUGUAACUGCUGGUUUCCGAGUACGUAUAGAUAAAGAUGGUAUAGUCCAGCAGGCAAUAUUCGCCUUCGGCGGUAUGGCACCAACCACCACGGUCGCGGCUAAGACGCAGCAUGUCGUUCAGGGUAAGCGGUGGUCAGAUGGCACUACGCGGGAGAGCGCAAUUAGUGCUCUUCUAGAAGACUUCGACUUACCAUUCAGUGCACCAGGAGGGAUGGUCCACUACAGAAAAGCUUUGACACUGUCCUUGUUUUUCCGGUUCUGGAACGAGAGUGUCACGGAACUAGGAAUAGCCCAAUCAAGCCAUGACUCCGUCUCAGAAAUCCACCGAGAAAUAUCAACAGGGACUCGAGAUCACUUCGUUGCCUCGGGUACUAAAGUUGUAGGCAGGGAAAUGCCACAUCUAUCCGCUCUGAAACACUGCACAGGCGAGGCGGAAUACGUUGACGACAUGCCACAGCAGAAGAAUGAGCUACACUGUGCACUUGUGCUCUCAACAAAGGCGCAUGCAAGGAUACUUGCAGUAGACUGGAGCGCUGCACUCGACAUGCCAGGUGUCGUUGGUUACCUUGACAAGGAUAGUGUAUCGCGUGAGAACAAUAAUUGGGGCCCAAUUCGAGUGGAUGAGCCUUUGUUUGCGGUAGACGAAGUUCAUUCCCAUGGCCAAACCAUAGGUCUCGUCUACGCUGAAUCAGCCUUACGAGCACAAGCUGCUGCUGCCAAAGUCCGAGUGACAUACGAAGCAUUGCCGGUUAUACUCACCAUAGACCAAGCUAUCAAGGCCCGAAGUUAUUUCGAGCAUGGGAAACAGCUCAAGAAGGGCGCCGCCAUCCAGGGAUCCUUAGAUGGCAUAUUUGCGAAAUGCAAACACAUCAUCGAGGGAAGAACAAAGUUAGGUGGCCAGGAGCAUUUUUAUCUGGAAACCAACGCUGCAUUGGCGAUCCCACACAUCGAAGACGGUACCAUGGAGCUAUAUGCUUCCACGCAAAACUUGGCAGAGAAUCAGGUAUUCGUCGCCCAAGUGCUCGGAGUGCCCAUGAGUCAUGUGAACAUGAGAGUCAAGCGUCUCGGCGGAGCUUACGGUGGCAAAGAAUCGAGGAGCACGCCAAUAGCAUGCCUGGUCGCCAUCGCCGCCAAGAAGGAGCGACGUCCCAUGAGAAUGAUGCUGAACCGUGAUGAAGAUAUUAUGACUAGUGGACAGAGACACCCAAUGCAAUGUAAGUGGAAGAUUGGUACCGAUGCAAACGGGGUAAUUCAAUGCCUCGAUGUAGACAUAUAUAACAACGCUGGAUACUCCCUUGAUAUGUCCGGCGCCGUGAUGGAUCGAGCAUGUACCCAUAUUGACAAUUGCUACCACAUACCGCACGCCUGGAUACGCGGAUGGCUCUGCAAAACCAACACCGUCUCUAACACCGCUUUUCGUGGGUUCGGAGGGCCCCAGGCAAUGUAUUUCGCUGAGUCUUUCAUGAGCGCCAUUGCCGAGAGUCUCAGAAUCGAUAUUGACGAGCUACGGGUCAGAAAUCUAUAUAAGCAAGGCGAGUUGACACCGUUUUUACAACCGAUCGACAUUGAUUUCCACAUUCCGACUAUGCUAGAGCAAUUGAGCGCCAGUGCAGACUACGAAAACAGGAAGAAGGAUGUCAAAACAUUUAAUUCGAAGAAUCGUUAUAGGAAGAGGGGGAUUUGUAAAAUCCCUACUAAGUUUGGAUUGAGUAUACUGCUUCACCAUGGAGGGACAGAGAUGGGCCAAGGGCUCUACACCAAGAUGUGCCAAGUUGCGGCUGAGGAACUCGGCGUCAGCGUCGACCAGAUUUUCAAUAAAGAUUCGCAAACUGAUCAAGUCGCCAACCCCUCUCCCACUGCUGCGUCAUCGGGAAGUGAUCUAAAUGGGAUGGCAGUCAAGAAUGCCUGCGAACAAUUAAACGGGCGGCUAGCGCCGUACAGGAAACAAUUCGGUCAAGACGCCCCGAUGUCAGUGAUAGCGCACGCUGCAUACCAAGAUCGGGUCAACCUUGCAGCAAAUGGCUUUUGGAAGAUGCCUCGCAUAGGCUACAAAUGGGGCAACUACAAAGAUCCCCUUCCGAUGUACUACUAUUUCACUCAAGGUGUGGCGAUCACCGAGGUCGAAUUAGACGUCCUUACAGGGGACCACACUGUCCUUCGAACUGAUAUAAUGAUGGAUGUCGGUCGCUCGAUUAACCCAUCCAUCGACUAUGGACAAAUUGAGGGGGCUUUCGUCCAGGGACAAGGCUUAUUCACCAUGGAAGAGUCACUUUGGACUAGGCAAGGCGAACUCUUUACCAGAGGUCCCGGGACAUAUAAGAUACCAGGGUUUUCCGAUAUUCCCCAGAUAUUCAAUGUAUCUAUGUUGAGGCAUGAUUCGGACGGCAUUGCGUUAAAUUGGAAGCAUCUGCGCUCUAUUCAAAGCAGCAAAGGUGUCGGUGAGCCGCCGCUUUUCCUGGGCUCCACGGUAUUCUUUGCCCUCAGGGAAGCUGUCAAGGCUGCAAGGGAAAUGAAUGGCAUGGAGGAGCCAUUGGUUCUCGAUGCACCAGGAACUCCAGAAAAACUGCGUCUAGCUAUCGAUGAUGAGUUCGUCAAGCGCGCUUCUGUGACUCCAAAGGACGGCGAGGCGAACUUUUUUGUUCGUAUUGAAGAGUAA